AGGCCUGAAACAAUAGACUCUACAGAAAUGAUAAAACGUCUCUGGGUUCAUGAGGUCCUUAGAGUGUAUUAUGAUCGCUUGGUGGAUAAUCCUGAUCGGGCUUGGCUUGUUGGAUUUAUCCAAGAAGUUGUGAAUAAAGACCUGCAUGAAGACUUUCAUGAACUUUUCCAGAAUCUGGACUCCAAUAAUGAUGGCAGAGUGGAGGAAGAUGACUUACGUACCUUAAUGUUUUGUGAUUUUCAUGACCCUAAAAGAGACGACACUAAAUACAGAGAGAUCACUGAUGCCGAUCAGCUGAGAUUAGUUGUAGAGAGUCACCUCGAAGAGUUUAAUAACUUAAGCAAAAAGCCAAUGCAGCUAGUCUUGUUCCAGUUUGCUAUAGAACAUAUUUGUAGAAUUUCCCGUAUUCUGAAACAGCCUCGUAGCCAUGCCCUCCUUGUUGGUGUUGGAGGUAGUGGCCGACAGUCUCUUACUCGAUUAGCAGCCCACAUGGCUGAGUACAACCUUUUCCAGGUUGAAAUAACUAAAAGUUACGGUACCAAUGAAUGGCACAAAGACUUGAAAGAUAUACUAAGAAAAUCUACAGAAGCAGAAAUGCAGGGAGUUUUCUUGUUCACUGAUACGCAGAUAAAAAAAGAGUCAUUCUUAGAAGAGAUUAACAACUUACUAAAUGCAGGUGAAGUGCCAAACCUUUUUGCAGUAGAUGAGAAACAAGAAAUUUGUGAACAAAUGCGUCAAAUAGAUCGCCAGAGGGACAGGACCAAACAAACUGAUGGUAGUCCUAUAGCUCUAUUUAACAUGUUUGUUGAUCGCUGCCGAGAUCAACUCCAUAUAGUACUGGCAAUGAGUCCAAUUGGAGAUAGCCUGAACCGAAGGUUAGCAGUAGAACGUCUCCGUGACUGA